AAGUGCGCGCAGUAACCGUCGGUCUAGUGCUUAGUGUGUACGAUAACUUACAAGUUACAGACAUGAAUCUCACAAUGCAACUAGCGGUCCUGGUGGCGGUGGUCCUCUGCAUGGUGGACAGCGCGCCGGAGACCCGAAUGGUGCGUAAGCAGCAGCGACCAACACGGGGCUUCAAGAACGUCGAAAUGAUGACAGCUAGGGGCUUCGGAAAGCGCGCUAGGACUGAACGCGAUGUAUCCCAACAAACAACGGCAGAACGCCCGAACCGCGGUACACCUACUUUUAAAAGUCCCUCCGUUGGUAUCGCAAGAGAUUUUGGCAAAAGAACACCGGAAUUGGAAUCAGAAGAUGACACACAUCGCGCCACCAAGGUUUUUAAGCCCAAAGGUCCUUUAAUGGUCGCGUUUGAUUUUGGCAAACGCAGUGGUAAUGAUGAUGUAAACGAAGAAGUAGAAGAGAUUAGAGUGACCCGAGGCACAUUCAAGCCAAAUUCGAACGUACUUAUCGCGAGGGGUUAUGGGAAGCGACAAGGUAAAAGCGGCAGAGUGUAUGGCCUGGACAACUUCUGGGAAAAUCUCGAAGCUACGCAGGAUAAAGACGGACAGGAAGCUAACGAGGAAAAAAAUGUGGAAAGCAUCCCCUUGGACUGGUUUGUGAACGAAAUGAUUAACAACCCCGACUUCAGCCGAUCAGUUGUGCGAAAGUUCAUCGACCUCAAUCAGGACGGGAUGCUCUCGGCGGACGAACUAUUACGGAACGUGGCUUAAUUAUAAACUUAUUAAAUAAAUACGGUUGGAAUCUGUAACAAAAUAAGAGAUUUAUGUUUAGACAAUUUAUUUGCUAGAUGAUUUAUAUGUUUGUAACUUUAUAGUACUGUGAUAUGAUUAUAUCUAUCUCGCAAUUAAAAAUUAUUAAAAAAAAU